AGGUGGGACCGACCAAUGGGUGUCUGCAGCCCGGCGCUUAAAGCCCGCAAACCUGACCGAUCCCGCACCGUCAGACUGAAGCAACGGGGCAGCGCGGCCAUGGCGGAGAACGGAGUGACGGACAACGGGGAGGUGGGCAGCGGGGAGAUGGGCCGAGCGGCCCCGGCAUCGCCGCCGAGACCUGCGAAAAACCUGCGGGUCAAGUACACCAAGAUAUUCAUUAAUAAUGAAUGGCACGACUCUGUGAGUGGGAAGACGUUUGCAACCUUCAACCCAGCAUCAGGAGAGAGGAUUUGUGAUGUUGAAGAAGGUGACAAGGCUGAUGUGGACAAGGCGGUACAGGCAGCUCGGGCAGCGUUCCAGCAAGAUGCUCCCUGGAGACAGAUGGACACGUCUACCCGUGGGAGACUCCUGUGUAGAUGGGCAGACCUCCUGGAGCGGGACCGGAACAUUCUAGCUACGCUUGAAACAUUGGACACGGGAAAACCGUUCCUGCAAUCAUUUGCCAUCGACUUGGAAGGAUGUAUAAGGACACUACGCUACUAUGCUGGCUGGGCAGAUAAAAUCCAUGGGAAGAGUAUACCAGUGGAUGGAGACUUUGUCAUGUUUACAAGACACGAGCCAGUUGGUGUGUGUGGUCAGAUCACCCCGUGGAAUUUCCCUCUGCUGAUGUUCGUUUGGAAGGUGGCGCCUGCUCUGUGCUGUGGGAACACAGUGGUGAUUAAACCAGCUGAGCAGACCCCACUGACGGCACUCUACAUGGGAGCAUUAGUCCGAGAGGUUCCGUUCCCUCCCGGUGUGGUGAACAUCGUUCCAGGUUUCGGACCCACUGCUGGGGCGGCAAUAGCCUGCCACAGAGACAUCGAUAAAGUUGCCUUCACUGGCUCUACUGAGGUGGGAAAGUCCAUCAUGGAAGCGGCCUCCAGAAGUAAUCUGAAGAGAGUGACCCUGGAGCUCGGUGGCAAGAAUCCCCUCAUCGUGUUCGCUGACUCGGAUUUGGGCUUGGCUGUGGACUGUGCCUCACAAGGGGCUUUCUUCAACCAGGGCCAGUGCUGCACGGCGGCAGCUCGCAUCUUUGUGGAGGAGCCCGUGUACAAGGAGUUUGUGCAGCGCAGUGUGGACAGGGUGAAGAGGAGAGUGGUUGGCAAUCCAUUCGACCCAAAAACUGAACAAGGACCACAGAUCGACCAAGACCAGUUUGACAAAAUCCUGGAGCUGAUCGAGAGUGGCAAGAGUGAAGGAGCGAGGCUGGAAUCUGGCGGUGGUCCCUACGGGGACGAGGGCCACUACAUUCUGCCCACCAUCUUCUCCGAGGUGACGGACUCCAUGCGCAUCGCUAAGGAGGAGAUCUUUGGGCCAGUCCAAGUGAUAAUGAAGUUUAAGAGCAUGGAGGAGGUGAUCAGAAGAGCCAACAGCAGUGAGUUUGGGCUGACUGCAGGAGUGUUCACCACCAGCAUUGACCGAGCAAUGGCCGUGGCCAAGGCCCUGCAGUCCGGAACCGUCUGGAUUAACUGCUAUAAUGCUCUGCAUGUCCAGGCCCCCUUUGGCGGCUUCAAAAUGUCUGGAAAUGGAAGAGAAAUGGGUGAAUAUGGACUGAAGGAGUACACAGAAGUAAAAACUGUCACCAUCAAAAUCUCACCGAAGUGCCAAUAAACUGGUGAAGUGGACACUGAAAUUGUACCAGAGGAAGUCUGGAUAAAAGAUGAAGAACAACAAGGACACUGACAAAAUCGAGUUUUAUAACUGGGCAAAAGCUUUAAGUUCUUAAAAAAUAAUUUCUGACUUUGCACAAAGAAAAUAUUUUUAUAUUUCCUUUUAAAACAUAGAUUUAACCUGAUAUUAGUGUUUUCAGUCAGUGUUGCCAGUGACUGAAGGAGACUCUCUGUAGUCCUCAUACACAGGACACCGUUUUUAAUCUGGCAGAAGCUGGCAUCGUUGGCAUAAAUUGGCAAAUACCCAUCAUUUACUGGGACCCCUUCAAUCACACGGCACAAUGCCAAAGCGGCUGGGAUUAUGUGAUGCCAUUAACAUAGAGCACUUCAAACCCCCUCCCAGAGGAUGAUAAGCAAUGACUGGAGCACGUGUUUCCCAAAUUCCCCAAGGGUCUGGACAUCAACUUUGAAAAAUCAUAUUUUGUAUCUAAUUCUUAAACAUAGAAAUAAAUGUAUUUUAAACCUUCCAAA